AUGGCACUACAAAAUGAUCAUCGAUUAGUAUGGAAUCCAAAUAAAUUCAAUUUACUUUCUCAUCAAGCUGAGCUGUCAAAUUAUUUGGAUCAAGUUCAAACAUCAAAUGGGAAACCACAACCGGACAUUUCUAUUACGCUUAGUGAUAACACCGUGAUGAUGAUUCAUUCUGAAAUAGCCGUAGCUCAUUCCGGAUAUUUCCGUCGACAAUAUUUGAAUGAAAUGAAAGUGCGAAACAGACCGGUCAUAUUAAACAUUACUCAUCUUACAACUUAUGAUGCGAAUGCUGUUCGUCGGAUGGUUAAUUUCUUUUAUACCGGUAUUCUACCAUGCUCAUUGGCUGAAAUUCCUGAACUGUUAGCCUUAUGCUAUGAACUUCAGGUACCAUCAAUGAGAUCAAUAAUUGAAAAAUUUAUUAUUCAAAAAGCAGCUGAGCGUAAUUGUUUAUUGGAUUGUUGGAAUAUUAGUUGUCAUCGACAAUCUGAUUUAUCACUUCGAACAAAAGAUUUCGUGCUCAGUUAUGUGAUACGAUCUCUGGAAGAGGCAAUUUUGGAUGUACGAUUCGCACAAUUGGAUCAGGGAGCUGUGGAAGCAUUAUUAAAACGUGAUAAUUUACCGGUUCGUUCGGAAUGUGACGUUUUACGUAUCGCUUUGAUGUAUUAUUUACGACGAGAUGGACAACGUGUAAAUGUGCAAAGUUUACUAAAUGUUGUUCGUUACAACUGUGGAAAUGAAGCACUGAUACGGAUGCGACAAGAUAUUCAGUGUACAAAUGAUGAAGAGCUGCGCUUCUGUUUUGAACAGAAUUGUGCUUAUGGAUUGUGGCAAACUGAACGUCAUGUAUACGAUCCAAAUAUAUGGCCUAAAUGUGAAAUACUGAUACCACGUGGAAAAUUAAACGUUGAUUGUGAUUGGAUUAACGCACAAUUCUACAAUUUGCUUCAACCUAUUGUGGAACCAUAUCGAUAA